GCCGCGCUGCGCGCAGCACUGUCCGCGCAGAGCUGAGCGGGGGCGGCGGGCGCAGCUGCUGGGAUCCUUCAGCCGAGGAAUAGCGAUCAGAUCCGGUGGACUCGUGAGCCGCGGGGCUGUGGGGAGCGUACAGCCCGGUCGCAGACAGAGCUGCCAGCCGUUCCCGGAGAAAAUGGGGCCGAGCGGGCCGGGAGCAGAAGGGAAGGAAGCGCGGGAUCGCUGAUGUCAGAGCAGCCCGGAAAGUCGCGCCGGGGAAACCUGAAGACAGCCCGCUUUGCGCCUCCCCGGAGGGACCCUGCCGGACCCCACGCCCCUUCGCGUCCGGGUCCCUGGGCGCAGGCGACCGGGGCGAAGACGCGCGGACCUGAUCGAGGGCCACCACAGGAAUACAGGCAGGCGGCCGACGCGGGCCGUGGAUUUUAAUGAUCUUGGGUCGCAUGUGGACCUGGCUGUCCGUCUGACUCGGGUCAGGCAGGGACUGGGCGCGCGCUGCCCUGGGCAGCCGCCAGCCGAGUCAGAGGAAGCGGAGACGCAAGGACAGACAGACGCCGCCGAGCUGGAACCAUGUGAGAGCUGAUCCAGAGAAGUGGAGUAGCACAUAGAAGAGCUGUCCGAGCAAGCCUUGCCCCUCUCGGAAUGGAGCAGAGGAGGUCCCAGCUGUGGGCCAUGCAGGCUGACAACUUGUCUGUGGUACUGCUCUCAGUGGCCUGGCUGCUGCUAGCUCGUGGAACCACAGGUAUGCCUCAGUUCAGCACUUUCCACUCUGAGAACCGUGACUGGACUUUUAACCAUUUGACUGUACAUAGAAGAACAGGGGCUGUGUAUGUGGGGGCCAUCAACCGUGUCUACAAGUUGACAGGCAACCUCACAAUCCAGGUGGCUCACAAGACAGGGCCAGAAGAGGACAACAAGGCCUGCUACCCACCCCUUAUUGUUCAGCCCUGCAGUGAGGUGCUCACACUCACCAACAAUGUCAACAAACUACUGAUCAUCGAUUACUCUGAGAAUCGCCUGCUUGCCUGUGGCAGCCUCUACCAAGGUGUUUGCAAGCUCCUGCGGCUUGAUGACCUCUUCAUCCUGGUGGAGCCAUCACACAAGAAGGAACACUAUUUGUCCAGCGUUAAUAAGACAGGCACCAUGUAUGGUGUGAUUGUGCGCUCUGAGGGGGAGGAUGGCAAACUUUUUAUCGGCACUGCUGUGGAUGGCAAGCAAGAUUACUUCCCUACCUUGUCCAGCCGCAAGCUACCCCGUGACCCUGAGUCUUCAGCCAUGCUAGACUAUGAGCUUCACAGUGAUUUUGUCUCCUCCCUCAUCAAGAUCCCCUCGGACACCCUAGCCCUGGUCUCCCACUUUGACAUCUUCUACAUCUAUGGCUUUGCCAGUGGUGGUUUUGUCUACUUUCUCACUGUCCAGCCAGAGACCCCCGAGGGUGUGGCCAUCAACUCAGCUGGAGACCUCUUUUAUACCUCAAGAAUCGUGCGUCUCUGCAAGGAUGACCCCAAGUUCCACUCCUAUGUGUCCCUGCCCUUUGGCUGCACACGUGCUGGGGUAGAAUACCGCCUUCUGCAGGCAGCUUACCUCGCAAAGCCUGGGGAAGCUCUAGCUCAGGCCUUCAACAUCAGCAGUGAUGAAGAUGUGCUAUUUGCCAUCUUCUCCAAGGGGCAGAAGCAGUACCACCACCCACCCGAUGACUCUGCCCUCUGUGCCUUCCCCAUCCGGGCCAUCAACUUGCAGAUCAAGGAGCGGCUGCAGUCCUGCUACCAUGGAGAGGGCAACUUGGAGCUCAACUGGCUGCUAGGAAAGGAUGUACAGUGUACCAAGGCGCCAGUCCCCAUUGAUGAUAACUUCUGUGGCCUGGACAUCAACCAGCCUCUGGGAGGCUCCACUCCGGUAGAGGGACUGACCUUGUACACCACCAGCAGGGACCGCCUGACCUCUGUGGCCUCCUAUGUUUACAAUGGCUACAGUGUGGUUUUUGUGGGUACUAAGAGUGGCAAGCUGAAGAAGAUUCGAGCUGAUGGUCCUCCCCAUGGCGGGGUCCAGUAUGAGAUGGUCUCUGUGUUCAAAGAUGGGAGCCCCAUCCUCCGGGACAUGGCCUUCUCUAUCAAUCAGCUCUACCUGUAUGUCAUGUCUGAGAGACAGGUCACCAGGGUCCCUGUUGAAUCAUGUGAACAGUACACAACUUGUGGAGAGUGUCUAAGCUCAGGGGAUCCUCACUGUGGCUGGUGUGCCCUGCACAACAUGUGCUCCCGAAGGGACAAAUGCCAACGGGCCUGGGAAGCAAAUCGAUUUGCUGCCAGUAUCAGCCAGUGCAUGAGCCUUGAGGUGCACCCCAGCAGCAUCUCUGUGUCAGAUCACAGUCGGCUGCUCAGCCUGGUUGUGAAUGAUGCCCCCAACCUCUCUGAGGGUAUCGCCUGUGCCUUUGGGAACUUGACUGAGGUGGAGGGACAGGUGUCUGGGAGCCAAGUCAUCUGCAUCUCACCUGGGCCCAAGGAUGUCCCUGUUAUCCCUCUGGAUCAAGACUGGUUUGGCCUAGAGCUGCAGCUGAGAUCCAAGGAGACAGGAAAGAUCUUUGUCAGCACCGAGUUCAAGUUCUAUAACUGCAGUGCCCACCAACUGUGCCUGUCCUGUGUCAACAGCGCCUUCCGCUGCCAUUGGUGCAAGUACCGAAACCUCUGCACACAUGACCCCACCACCUGUUCCUUCCAGGAAGGCAGGAUCAAUGUUUCAGAGGACUGUCCCCAGCUUGUGCCCACGGAGGAGAUUCUGAUCCCAGUUGGAGAAGUGAAACCAAUCACCCUCAAGGCCCGGAACCUUCCCCAGCCCCAGUCUGGCCAGCGGGGCUAUGAGUGUGUGCUCAACAUCCAAGGGGCUGUACACCGAGUCCCUGCCCUGCGCUUCAACAGUUCCAGUGUGCAGUGCCAAAACAGCUCGUACCAGUAUGAUGGGAUGGACAUCAGCAAUUUAGCAGUGGACUUCGCUGUGGUGUGGAAUGGCAACUUCAUCAUUGACAACCCUCAGGACCUGAAAGUACAUCUCUACAAGUGUGCAGCCCAGCGGGAAAGCUGUGGCCUCUGCCUCAAGGCUGACCACAAGUUCGAGUGUGGCUGGUGCAGUGAUGAGCGCAGAUGUACCCUCCACCAACACUGCCCCAGCACUUCUAGCCCCUGGCUUGACUGGUCCAGCCAAAAUGUCAAAUGCUCCAAUCCCCAAAUCACAGAGAUUUUGACAGUAUCAGGACCACCUGAAGGAGGGACUCGUGUGACCAUCCAUGGAGUGAACCUGGGCUUGGACUUCUCUGAGAUCGCUCACCAUGUGCAGGUGGCUGGAGUGCCCUGCACACCCCUUCCAGGGGAAUACAUCAUCGCUGAGCAGAUCGUCUGUGAGAUGGGUCGUGCCCCUAUGGGCACUACAUCAGGGCCUGUACGCCUGUGCAUUGGGGAAUGCAACGAAGAGUUCAUGACAAAUUCCCACCAGCAAUAUACUUUUGUGAACCCUUCUGUGCUGUCACUCAGCCCCAUCCGGGGACCAGAGUCAGGAGGUACCAUGGUGACCAUCACAGGCCAUUACCUUGGUGCUGGGAGCAGUGUGGCAGUGUACCUGGGCAAUCAGACCUGCGAGUUCUAUGGGAGGUCAAUGAAUGAGAUUGUAUGUGUUUCACCCCCAUCAUCCAAUGGACUGGGACCAGUCUCUGUCUCUGUAAGUGUCGACAGAGCCCGGAUAGAUAGCAGUCUGCAGUUUGAGUACAUAGAUGACCCUCGGGUCCAACGCAUUGAGCCAGAGUGGAGCAUCGCUAGUGGCCACACACCCCUAACUAUCACAGGCUUCAACUUGGAUGUCAUUCAGGAGCCAAGGAUCCGAGUCAAGUUUAAUGGCAAAGAAUCUGUCAAUGUGUGUACAGUGGUAAACACAACAACCCUCACCUGUCUGGCGCCCUCUCUGACCAGUGACUACCGUCCAGGCCUGGACACCGUGGAACGGCCAGAUGAGUUUGGAUUUCUCUUUAACAAUGUCCAAUCCUUACUCAUCUAUAAUGACACCAAGUUCAUCUACUACCCUAACCCAACUUUUGAACUACUCAGCCCGACUGGAAUCUUGGAUCAGAAGCCAGGCUCACCCAUCAUCCUGAAGGGCAAAAAUCUCUGCCCUCCUGCCUCUGGAGGGGCCAAACUCAACUACACAGUAAUGAUUGGAGAGACGCCUUGUGCGGUCACCGUGUCUGAGACACAGCUGCUCUGUGAACCUCCCAACCUCACUGGGCAACACAAGGUUAUGGUUCACGUGGGCGGGAUGGUGUUCUCACCUGGCUCGGUGAGUGUCAUCUCCGACAGCUUGCUGACCUUGCCAGCCAUCAUCAGCAUAGCAGCUGGUGGAAGCCUCCUCCUUAUCAUCGUCAUCAUUGUCCUCAUCGCUUACAAGCGCAAGUCUAGGGAAAAUGACCUCACACUCAAGCGGCUCCAAAUGCAGAUGGACAACCUGGAGUCCAGAGUAGCACUGGAGUGCAAGGAAGCUUUUGCAGAGCUUCAGACAGACAUCAAUGAGCUAACCAGUGAUCUGGACCGGUCAGGAAUCCCUUACCUGGACUACCGCACCUAUGCCAUGAGAGUUCUGUUCCCAGGCAUCGAGGACCACCCUGUUCUGAGGGAGCUAGAGGUACAGGGAAAUGGACAGCAGCAUGUGGAGAAAGCCUUGAAACUCUUCGCCCAGCUUAUCAACAACAAGGUGUUCCUGCUGACCUUCAUCCGCACACUGGAACUGCAGCGCAGCUUCUCCAUGCGUGAUCGUGGCAAUGUGGCCUCUCUCAUCAUGACAGGCCUUCAGGGCCGCCUGGAGUAUGCCACAGAUGUCCUCAAGCAGCUACUGUCUGACCUCAUCGACAAGAACCUGGAGAACAAGAACCACCCCAAGCUGCUGCUUCGCAGGACUGAGUCUGUGGCUGAGAAGAUGCUGACCAACUGGUUUGCUUUCCUUCUACACAAAUUCCUGAAGGAGUGCGCUGGGGAGCCACUCUUCAUGUUAUACUGUGCAAUCAAGCAGCAGAUGGAGAAAGGCCCCAUCGAUGCUAUCACUGGUGAGGCCCGCUACUCCCUGAGUGAAGACAAACUCAUCCGUCAGCAGAUCGAGUACAAGACCCUGAUCCUGAACUGUGUCAACCCUGACAAUGAGAACAGCCCAGAGAUCCCAGUGAAGGUGUUAAACUGUGACACCAUCACUCAAGUCAAGGAGAAGAUCCUCGAUGCAGUAUAUAAGAACGUUCCCUACUCCCAGCGGCCAAGGGCUGUGGACAUGGACCUGGAGUGGCGCCAAGGCCGGAUUGCCAGAGUGGUGUUGCAAGACGAAGACAUUACCACCAAGAUAGAGGGUGACUGGAAGAGACUUAACACGCUGAUGCAUUACCAGGUGUCAGACAGGUCAGUGGUUGCUCUGGUACCCAAGCAGACCUCCUCCUACAACAUCCCCGCUUCUGCCAGCAUCUCCCGGACAUCCAUUAGCAGAUAUGACUCUUCCUUCAGGUACACAGGAAGCCCAGAUAGCCUCCGGUCUCGGGUCCCCAUGAUCACUCCAGACCUGGAGAGUGGUGUCAAGGUGUGGCAUCUGGUGAAGAACCAUGACCAUGGUGACCAGAAGGAGGGUGACCGGGGCAGCAAAAUGGUAUCUGAGAUCUACUUGACCCGGCUCCUAGCCACCAAGGGCACCCUGCAGAAAUUUGUGGACGACUUGUUUGAGACCUUGUUCAGCACUGUGCACCGGGGUAGCGCUCUCCCCCUAGCCAUCAAGUACAUGUUUGAUUUCCUGGAUGAGCAGGCAGACAGACACAGUAUCCACGACACAGAUGUGCGACACACCUGGAAAAGCAACUGCCUCCCUCUGCGAUUCUGGGUGAAUGUCAUCAAGAACCCUCAGUUUGUAUUUGACAUCCACAAGGGCAGCAUCACAGAUGCCUGCCUCUCUGUGGUAGCCCAGACCUUCAUGGAUUCCUGUUCCACAUCAGAGCACCGUCUGGGCAAAGACUCACCUUCCAAUAAGUUGCUCUAUGCCAAGGAUAUCCCCAGUUACAAGAACUGGGUAGAAAGAUACUAUGCAGAUAUUGCCAAGCUUCCAGCCAUUAGUGACCAAGAUAUGAAUGCCUACCUCGCGGAGCAGUCCCGCCUGCAUGCCACAGAGUUCAAUAUGCUGAGUGCCCUCAACGAGAUCUACUCCUAUGUCAGCAAGUAUAGUGAGGAGCUCAUCGGGGCACUAGAGCAGGAUGAGCAGGCCCGGCGGCAACGACUGGCCUACAAGGUGGAGCAUCUCAUCAAUGCCAUGUCCAUCGAGAGCUGAAAAGAGGACCUCCUGUUCCUGGAAGAGGGACCCAGACAAGCUAUCACACUGGUGUCUCAAAACGAAGGAGAGAAGGGUAUCAAGCCCCAGAGCUGGCUGCCCACUGAAACCUCAUGAGGGGAGAGGGAAAGGCUCCUCUCUCAAUGCCAGCCAUGUUUCGUCACAGCCAGUUCCUGCCAGCAGGACAGUGAACACCACCCAUCAGUGUGAGCUCAGGACACCAUGGGCAAGGAGGAGGAGGCCCUUCAAGCUGAGAGGCUUGAACCUGCUGCUUUGCAUGAAAACUCACUUGAUGUAUAUUAGGAAAUAAUGAGAACUUUAUUUAAUUUUUUAAGAAAAAGGGAAAAAACAGAAAUAAAACAAAACAUAAAGCCUCCCUGUCCAA